AUGCCUGCUUUCGCUGGAGGAGUUGCGGAGAGUGUUGCUACGAAGGCCGUGUCUCGCGAAAGCAGGCAUUCGCCACCGUCGGACCACCUUACGGCCUCGAUUCCUCGAUUCUCAUCGAUUGGCGGCGGUCUUUUCGAGCCAGUGUGCGGCGCCGCGACGCCCCUGGACGUCCAGAGCGGUUCCGAUGCCCUCUCACGACCGAUCACCGGGGCUUCGCUGGCCCGCGCGUCAUGUGAACGCGGGGCUUGGCAGCUACAGCUUGGGCGCCUCCUGCCAGCGCCUCGAAAACGACUCCAACACGGCCUACAGCGACGACGCGCCCACGAACGCGGACUGGCGCUGUCGUUGCGUCGAGACAUCUUGUCUCGACUCCAGAAGACGCUCGGCCGUCGAAACGGUGCUCUGCGCGCCCGUUUUCCUGCCGUUGGUGCCUCGCCAGUACACCCUAGCCGUACUAAACCAGUACAAACGCGUCGUAUACGGCCGUCUGAAGACCAUGGGGUUGGGCGCGCGCGCCAUCGUCUAAAAGGCCAUAAUAUGUGCGGUGUAGUGAGGGCCUGGUUCGCCCCAAAAGAAUCUCCUAGCCCUCGCCGGGCCGGGGAAAAGAAUCUCCUAGGCCUCGUUAGUUCACUUUCGGUUAGAAAGUUCUUCGAACGCAGUAACUUUGACAGAUUCCUCAUCAUCCAGUCAAUCAUUGUGCCGGCGCUUUUGGCUGUGCCGGCACACGCCCAGGCCCCGGCCCCGUCGACUUGGGGCCCGACCAAACGUGCCGGCACACCGACACAACGCUAUUUCUGGCCACUUGCACCCGGCGAAGUCGCAUGUCGGUGUCGUGCGUAUAAAUCUUGUAGCAGGCCGGGCAUGGAGUUUGCGGCUCUCGACUCUGCUGAGAAAGCGAAGUUUGCGCGAAAAAUCUACGCGUUGCUUGGACUCGGUGUGGGUUGUGGGGAGGCGGCCGUGAAGAAGGCUUACAAGAAGGCGAGUCUACAAUACCACCCGGACAAGCAGCGCGGCAAGACCGCCGGAGAACAGGAGGUGGCGGCGUCGAUGUUCCUCAAAGUAAAGGAGGCGUAUGAGAUGCUCGGCAACGUUUCGAUGCGCGAGGCGCUAGAUAGCGCGGUCUUUUGCGUGGAGAGGGCGCAGCGCGCCCACCAGCAGCGAAUGGCUGCCAUGGGAUCAACGCGUAGAAAAUUUCGCGAUGAACUCGAGCGGCGUGAGGCGGCGGCGCGUGAUGCAGUGGGAAGCGGGGGCGGGGGUCUGGCGUCUUCAGCCGUCGUGUGCCGAGACGGUGUCGAUGGCGCAGAGGCAUUGGCACGUGCAGCGAACGCUUCACGCGCUGAGGGGCUGUCCAAGGCCGUGCGCACAGCGGCUAAGCAGCGCCGAGCGGCGCGUGAUACAGGAUCCGAUAUCGACCGGGAUAUACGGCUCGAGCGUCUGCGCCAGUCGGUCAAGGUCCGGUGGGGUGCUCGAGCAACCGGCUGGACGGAUGAUAAUUUGCGCGACGCGUGCGCUCCGCUUGGUUCCCUCGUCGCCAUCGACCGUGGUGAGAGCGGCAAAAGUGCGAUCCUUGUCUUCGCCUCUGAUAUCCAAGCUACGCUCGCCACCGUCGACGAGACAUUCUGCGACCUCUUCAGAGACGUCCGACUUCUGGCCCCCGACGCGUGGGAGCGGGUCCAGCGCGCCAUUGCCGAUAGGGCUAGAAAAGACCGUGAUGAGGCGCCAGAUUUCCUCGUCUCUCUUGUCGAAGCGUGCUUAGUACUUCAAACGCUCGGAGAGAGAAACAAUCGCUCGCUCAUCAGACCAGCGGCCAGACUACAAGACAGAGGCAUGGAGCACAGGCCCUCGGACGGAUGGCGCCGGGAUGGCGCGCACCAUGGGAAUUAUUGUUCGUUAUUCGGGGCCUCCAGGCCGGAGGUCCUCAUACUAGUCCGACUUAAUCUACUGUGCGCUUCAGUUGCGAAGGACCCAGUGGCGGGAUCGAGCGAGAGUUGGCUUUUAUACAAAAGUGAACUUUUGCGCGUGACGACGGGUAGCCCAAUGGCGGCAACGCGGCGAGGCCGCUCCUUACCCGACCCGUCGCGCGUGGAAAAAGGGCCGGGGGGACAAGACUCGGUGGAAGUCCGUGCAGUGGUGGCGACCGCGCUCGCGCGCAGUGGCCGCGGUGUGCUCGAAUCGAUCUGUGAUGCACAUCUCGACCUUCGUGGUCGCGUUCUUGCGUCCGAUCUGGCUCCAAGCGUCGCGCUCCACGAGCAGCUCAGCGCGAGGGGCUGCCUCUCGGAGGACGAGCGCUGGCGCCGAGUCGAGUGCAACAUCAGCUCAGUUCGAAUCGACCAAUGGGAAGCUCGCAUUCGCGCGCGCGCGGCGACGCCAUGGCCUCGAUUCCGAGCCGGCCACCUCGGCGCAUGA